ACAACCCAAUCUGCAUAAACAAACAAGCUUAACCCAAAAUGGCCAAUCUAACCGCAUCCAUCACUCAUCAUUAUCACCCUACAACCAUACAUCUGCCGCACUAUGCAAGCAACAAUACUCCAGUCCUGUCACUGAUUGCCCAAUUUGGCUUUCUGUGGGUAGCCGUGCUUGGAGCAGCUCUUGUCACCAUUCGCCGCUCGCGGCCUACAGCGAGUAAAUCAGACCAGUCGGCAUUUGUCUGGAUGUGCUUGACGGGAUUCAUCCAUUUUUUCUUCGAAACAUAUUUUGUCGUCUACCAUAGAACCCUCGCUGGAUCGCAGGAUCUGUUCGGCCAGCUCUGGAAGGAGUAUUCUCUGUCGGAUUCACGGUAUCUGACUUCUGAUGCUUUCCUUCUUUCUAUGGAGGCCGUUACUGCCUUCUGCUGGGGACCUCUCGCGUUCUUUAUCGCUUACUGCGUCGCCGUCCAGCAUCCUGCUCGCUAUUCCUUGCAGCUUAUUCUGUCGUUGGGACAGCUCUACGGUGACGUUCUGUAUUAUGCUACAAGCAUAUAUGACCUCUAUGUCCAUGGCAUUGAGUUCUGCAGACCCGAGGGCUACUACUUCUGGUUUUACUACUUUUUCAUGAACUUUAUCUGGAUUGCUAUGGGCUCUUACUACGCAUGCCAGAGUGUCGUGGAAAUCACGCGCGCAUUCAAAAAGCUCAGCGAAAUCGAUAGGAGGCGAAAGGGGAUCUAGACAUGCAUCGUGUCAUACCGGGCUUUUGUUUAGCAUAGAUCAUAGCCGUUUCUGCUGCCCCAAGACAAUUGUAUCAUUGAAUAGAUCUGGAAAGAAGCAUCAUGGAGUGAGGAUAGAUUGUCCUAGCUUUGCAUUUGCGACCAUUUCCUUCAUCAUCUGCUACUUUGGACUAGAAAUAGAACAGACUAGUUGUACGAAAACGGCAACAAUUCUCCUUUUUGUUCAGCAAUGACCCUACCCCGGCG